AUGGUGGCGGGAGAGUUUUCUUGGAUAACAUCCGCCAUUGAACAACCUUUUGACGUCUUUGAAGAAGAUUUUCACAAUACACUAUUCUCGCCUCUGGUUAGGGUGGAGAAAAUGCUUCAAUUAUUGCAAUACGAACUUCCAGGGGUUCCAGAAUUUCUUUUUUGUCUUCUUCCUGAGAGGAAUUCUGAACUAUAUGUGUAUAGUGCCCCAAAGGUCAAUGAUCAGUAUUUGACCAAUGUUUUAUUGAAGAUCAAUGCCAAGCUUGGUGGCUUGAAUUCUAUUUUAGGAGCUGAACAUGCUCCUUCUAUCCCAGUUGUUUCCAGAGCUCCUACCAUCAUUAUUGGCAUGGACGUGUCUCAUGGCUUCCCAGGGCAAACCGAUAUUCCUUCAAUUGCAGCGGUGGUUAGCUCUAUGGAGUGGCCUCUAAUAUCAAAGUAUAGAGCAUGUGUCCGAACCCAGUCUCCGAGGGUUGAAAUGAUUGACAAUUUGUUUAAGAAAGUCUCCGAUGGGGUGGAUGAAGGCAUAAUUAGGGAAUUACUUCUUGACUUCUAUACAAGUUCUGGGAAUAAAAAGCCUCAGAAUAUAAUCAUAUUCAGGAAUGGAGUCAUUGAGUCCCAGUUCAAUCAAGUUUUAAACAUCGAGCUGCAUCAAAUUAUAGAAGCUUGCAAGUUUUUAGAUGAGAACUGGAAUCCCAAAUUUUUGGUUAUUGUGGCUCAAAAGAACCACCAUACAUUCUUUCAAUUAGAUGUUCCCAACAAUGUACCCCCCACUCUCAUUGAAGGAAAGACAAGGGUCCCAGACGUACAAGAGUAG